AUGCUGGAAACCUACAACAACCUCAUUUCUAUAGGAUACAUUUGGGAAGACCAUAACACUGAAGAACUUUGGCAAUGUUCUAAAAGACAUGCAAGGCAUAAAAGAACACAUACUGGAGAGAAACCAUAUGAAUGUAAUCAGUGUGGUAAGGCCUUUGCACAACACAGUAAUCUUCAAAGGCAUAAAAGAACACAUACUGGAGAGAAACCCUACGAAUGUAAUCAGUGUGGUAAGGCCUUUGCAAAUCUCAGUCAUCUUCAAAGGCAUAAAAGAACAUAUACUGGACAGAAACCGUAUGUAUGUAAUGAGUGUGGUAAGGCCUUUGCACAGAACGUUGCUCUUCAAUACCACAGAAGAACACAUACUGGAGAGAAACCCUAUGAAUGUAAUCAGUGUGGUAAGGCCUUUGCACGACAUAAUCAUUUUCAAUUGCAUAAAAGAACACAUACUGGAGAGAAACCCUAUGAAUGUAAUCAGUGUGGUAAGGCCUUUGCACAGAACAGUGCUCUUCAAUACCAUAAAAGAACACAUACUGGAGAGAAACCCUGUGAAUGCAGUCAGUGUGGUAAGGCCUUUGCUCGACAUGGUGCUCUUCAAAUGCAUAGAAGAACACAUACUGGAGAGAAACACUAUGAAUGUAAUCAGUGUAAUAAGGCCUUUGCAUGUCACAGUGAUCUUCAAAGGCAUAAAAGAACACAUACUGGAGAGAAACCCUAUGAAUGUAAUCAGUGUGGUAAGGCCUUUGCACAACACAGUAAUCUUCAAAGGCAUAAAAGAACACAUACUGGAGAGAAACCCUAUGAAUGUAAUCAGUGUGGUAAGGCCUUUGCACAGAACAUUGCUCUUCAAUACCAUAAAAGAACACAUACUGGAGAGAAACCCUGUGAAUGCAGUCAGUGUGGUAAGGCCUUUGCUCGACAUGGUGCUCUUCAAAUGCAUAAAAGAACACAUACUGGAGAGAAACCAUAUGAAUGUAAUCAGUGUGGUAAGGCCUUUGCACGACACAGUAAUCUUCAAAGGCAUAAAAGAACACAUACUGGAGAGAAACCCUAUGAAUGUAAUCAGUGUGGUAAGGCCUUUGCACAGAACAGUGCUCUUCAAUACCAUAAAAGAACACAUACUGGAGAGAAACCCUGUGAAUGCAGUCAGUGUGGUAAGGCCUUUGCUCGACAUGGUGCUCUUCAAAUGCAUAGAAGAACACAUAGUGGAGAGAAACACUAUGAAUGUAAUCAGUGUAAUAAGGCCUUUGCAUGUCACAGUGAUCUUCAAAGGCAUAAAAGAACACAUACUGGAGAGAAACCAUAUGAAUGUAAUCAGUGUGGUAAGGCCUUUGCACAACACAGUAAUCUUCAAAGGCAUAAAAGAACACAUACUGGAUAG